ACUGAGACUGGGUCUUGUUCCCUCCCCUUGCUGCAGAAGCGUUCAGCUCUUGCCACAUCCCCACCUCCUCCUCGGCUUAAUUCUCUUUCCUUCUCCCUUCCCUCUUCUAAACUCAGGGACAGAGCAGAAACUUAAUAAAAAUUGACAACUAGGAAAUAAUUGUGUUCAUCUCCUUCCGAGAACCCCCACCCACCCCUUUCUUUCCCCUGUUUGUUUUCAAGGUUCAGUAAAUGGUAAGGGCAUUCUUUGCACGAUGAGGUUUGCCUACUUCUUCUUUACCUUCCUGCUUCAGGAUUGUUUUCUGUUGAGAAGGGUACUCGCUCAAGGGCCAGGCAUAUCCAACAGUGUGAUAACGUUUCAAGAUUGCCCCGUGGAUCUAUUCUUCGUCUUGGACACCUCUGAGAGUGUUGCCUUAAGGGUAAAGCCUUUUGGGGCCUUGGUCGAUGAGAUCAAAGGAUUCACCAAUCGAUUCAUUGAUAAAUUAAAUGACAGAUACUAUCGGUGCGAUCGGAGUCUAGUUUGGAAUGCUGGAGCCUUACAUUACAGUGAUGAAGUAGAGCUGAUCAAAGGGCUCACCCGCAUGCCCAGUGGGCGAGCUGACCUGAAGAAUAGAGUCUCUAAAGUAGUUUCUAUUGGGAAAGGCACUUACACAGACUGUGCCAUCAAGAGAGGAAUUGAAGAGCUGCUUGUUGGUGGGUCUCACCAGAAGGAAAAUAAAUUCCUGAUUGUGGUGACAGAUGGACAUCCCUUGGAAGGCUACAAAGAGCCCUGCGGGGGACUAGAAGAUGCUGCCAAUGAAGCAAAACAUCUGGGGAUCAAAGUGUUCUCUGUUGCCAUAUCUCCAGACCAUCUGGAAUCCAGGCUUAGUGUGAUUGCCACAGACCACACAUAUCGUCGCAACUUCACAGCAACCGGACGUGAUUUAUCCCAACGUGAUAUGGACAAUACAAUCGACACCAUCAUCGAUAUGAUUACAAAGAACGUGGAGCAAGCAUGCUGUUCAUAUGAAUGCCAGCCUCCCCGAGGCCCCCCAGGAUCAAUUGGGGAUCCAGGAUAUGAGGGAGAAAGAGGGAAACCUGGCCUUCCAGGAGAAAAAGGAGAAGCUGGAGAGCCUGGAAAGCAAGGAGACCCAGGACCUGUUGGUUACCAAGGAAUGAAGGGAGAAAAGGGUGCUCGAGGUGACAAGGGCUCAAGAGGUUCAAAAGGAACCAAGGGAGAGAAAGGCAAGCGUGGCAUUGAUGGUAUUGAUGGCAAGAAGGGUGAACAAGGAUACCAUGGCCUACCAGGGUGCAAAGGAUCCCCAGGAUUUGAUGGCUUGCAAGGACCUCCUGGACCAAAGGGGGACUCUGGUCCUUAUGGACCCAAAGGACGGAAGGGAGAGCCUGGAAUUGAUGGAAGACCAGGCAGGCGCGGAAACGUUGGACUACCUGGAGAAAAGGGUCAGCUUGGAAGUCCAGGAGCUCCAGGAGAGAAAGGAGAACAGGGAGAUGAGGGAAAUCCUGGUCCAGAUGGCAACCCUGGAGAGCGGGGUAGCAAUGGUGAAAGAGGGCCACCAGGUAUCCCCGGUGGGCGUGGGCCAAGAGGAGAGAAGGGUGAGCCAGGGCCACAAGGUGACCAAGGCCGUGAAGGAUCCUUUGGACUAUCUGGAGAACCAGGUGAAGUAGGGCCACCUGGACCUAAAGGAUACAGAGGAGAUGAAGGACCUUCUGGACCAGAGGGCCCAAAAGGACUGCCUGGGCCACCUGGUUUACCUGGAGACCCCGGCCUGAUGGGUGAAAGGGGAGAAGAUGGCCCACCCGGAAAUGGCACCGAUGGCUUCCCUGGUUUCCCAGGAUAUCCUGGCAAUAGAGGUGAUCCUGGAGUUAAUGGCACCAAAGGUUUUCCUGGCCCAAAAGGUGAUGAUGGAGAGAUUGGAGAUACUGGAACAGAAAGUAACACAACUGGGCCCAGAGGCAUGAAAGGAGCGAAGGGGUACAGGGGACCAGAAGGUCCUCCGGGACCUCCAGGACCCAUAGGCCCUCCUGGACCAGAUGAAUGUGAAAUUUUAGAUAUCAUCAUGAGAAUGUGUUCUUGCUGUGAAUGCAAAUGUGGUCCUGUUGAUAUUUUGUUCGUACUGGACAGUUCAGAGAGCAUUGGCCUGCAGAACUUCCAGAUUGCUAAGGAUUUCAUUAUUAAGGUCAUUGACAGGCUGAUGAAGGAUGAACAUGUGACGUUCACCGAAGGGGAAUCUCGUGUUGGUGUUGUGCAGUACAGUCAUGAUAAAACUCAGGAACUUGUGGCCAUGGGAGAUAAUAACAUUGAUAACAUUGGAGCCCUCAAGGAGGCUGUGAAGAACCUGCAUUGGAUUGCUGGCGGCACUUUUACUGGCGAGGCGCUUCAGUUCACCAGAGACAAUUUGCUGCAGCGGUUCACCUCUGACAAAAGAGCAGUUAUCGUCAUCACAGAUGGACGGUCUGAUAUACUUCGGGAUCAGACCCCCCUCAGUGUUCUCUGUGGAUUCAAUACUGAGGUAGUACCUCUCGGUAUUGGUGACAUUUUCCAAAGUCCUGCAAACCCUGAGCAACUGUCAACUAUUUCUUGCGGAGGUGUGUCCAUUCAACGAGAAAAUUAUGCUGAGAUUCUUGAUGACACCUUCCUACAAAACGUUACCGCUCAGAUCUGCAAAGACAAGAAAUGCCCAGACUACACUUGCCCUAUUACUUUUGCUGGGCCAGCUGACAUCACACUCCUUGUGGACAGUUCUACCAGCGUUGGGAGCCGUAAUUUCAAUACCACCAAAAGAUUUGUAAAACGCCUCGCGGAACGAUUCCUGACAGCAGCUAAACCUGCAGAUGAUUCAGUACGUGUCUCAGUUGUUCAAUACAGUGGCAAAACCCAGCAGAAACUAGAAGUGCCAUUUGAGCAGAACUACACAGUGAUUGCUGAUGCUGUCGACAAAAUGCAAUUUAUUAAUGAUGCCACAGACGUGACUGCAGCUCUAAACUUCAUCACUAGCAUCUACCGUCGAUCUUCUCGUUCGCAAGCUAAUAAGCGAGUGCUUAUUUUCUCAGAUGGCAAUUCUCAAGGCAUCACCAGAAGCGCCAUUGAAAGGGCAGUUCAGGAUGCUCGCCAGGCAGGCAUUGAAAUCUAUGUACUGGUGGUUGGUACUCAAGCCAAUGAGCCUAAUAUACAUGUGCUUGUCACUGGAAAAACCACUGAAUAUGAUGUGGCCUAUGGAGAGCGACACCUCUUCAGAGUGCCUGAUUAUCAAUCUCUAGAAAGGGGUGUAUUUUAUCAAACUGUCUCCCGAAAAAUAGCUGUAGACUGAAGUGUGGGAUCAAGAUAAACAGAUUAAAAAUUUCUUAAAGUAAAAUGUUAAGAACCAGAGCCAUGUUUUUAUAAAAAAAAAGCCAAUAGCCCACCUGUACCCUUGCUUUCAAGCUGUGUUACAGCCCCUGUUUUUUCUCGUUUUCUUUAUUGUUCAUGAUACAAGAAACAUGUAGGUUGAUUUAUUUUUUGCAAAAAUUGUUAGCUUUAAAACCGAAAUGGCUAAUUUUGUACCAUGUUUGAUAAAGAUAGGGGUGACUGGUUAAAAAACAGCUCAAAUGCACUAUUUUUUCUUUAUGGCUGAGCGACAAUGUAUUCCAUAAAGAUACUGGGAACUUUUCAGAAUAAAAUGAUGCUCAUGUCUCGCUGCCAAGAUUAUUAUUUUUAAGUUUUAUGUUCCUUUAUUUUGUAAAGAGGUAUUAAGUAGUAAUUGCUAUCUAUGCUACGCAGCUCCAGAAAGAUUACUUUGCCCUCAAAAAUAUAACGGAUAUUUUUAUGCAACCUCUCUAGGACUGAAAUUAUAACCUCAAAUAUGGCAUCCAGUUAUUUAAAAGUUAUCAGUUCUUUACCCAAAUAAGAGUUUAAGUAGGAACAAAGGAAGGAUUUAGUGAUGUCAACAAUAAUAUUAUUCCUAGAUAAUGAAACUUGGUCCCAAAAGAGCGAAUGUACAAAUUAGUAAAAUUCUGUUGAGGCCUGCAUCUUGAGUUUUGAGCCUCUGGAUUUCAGAGGACCCUUUCUCCUUUCCAAUGUGGUAAUUAAUAUAGGUGCUACUCUCAGCCUGUCUCUAGCAGCCUGAAGUUUACAUUGUUCAUAUGUUUACAUGGUCAGUUUUGAAAGGUACAUCAAAGUUGAGGAUUAGAUUUGACAUGUUUCCUCCAGUAUUUCCAGUGAUGCUCUUGCUAAGAAUUCAAUGUGCUUUUAAAAAGUAAGAUUUCAAGAUUUCAGCUUGUGGUUUUGUAAUUGUAUCCAUUUUAGCCAUUCAUUUCGUUUUAGUCUUGUGUUUUACUGACAAAUGUUCACAUUGAAAUUUCAAAUAAACUAUCUCCACAAUUUUA